GCGACUCAGCGGCGUGACCGCAUCGCAUGGGACGAAAAGAACGAGAACUACCAGGUACAUGUUCUGGAGGGCACCAACAACCUGCUGGACAAGGACCUGGCAAUCCUCCUGCAGCUCGAUCUCUUCAGCCGACAAUGCCUGCGACGAGGACGAGAAGUGGCAGUAGAAGGAGCUCUACUGGUGAUGUCGCAGUUGCAGGACUCAGCAUGGGAUGCGACAGAGGGGAUAGACUACGACGACGUGGAGUUGGCGGAGAACCCCUUUGACGUCAUCCGGCAGACCUUGGACCUGCUGUACCAGCACGAGGACGAGGUGGAGCUGCCAGAGAGGUGCCAGGAGUUCUUCGAGCAGUUCAAGAGAGAGAAAGGGGAAGAACUCCAGGCGUACAUAGUGCGCCAGCAAACCAUGCUGAGGAAGCUGAAGGAGCUCCAAGUGGAGGUGCCGCCUCUUCUGGCGGGGUGGCAUAUGCUCAGCCGAGCAGGAGUGCCUCGGUGGACCCACCCGCAGAUCAAGGCCCUUUGCGGAGGAGAACUGAAUGUGAAAGGAGUGGCAAAAGCCAUGGCAAGGAUGUUCGGCGGUGACAGCAAGCCGAACUUGAAAGACUCAGCCUUGCGAGGGGCUGAUAUCAACAUGGCCGAGACCUACAAGCACUACUAUGAGUACGACGAUGUGGAUGAGGCCUACUACCAGUCCUAUGACGAGGACGAGAUCUACAUGGAUGACUAUGAGGAGGCAAGAAAGGUGGUGGAGGAAAAGGAAAAGGAGAAGGAAAAGGGUGGCAAGAACAACAACGCCACCAAGGGCAAAGGCAAAAGCUUCGUGCCACCCGGUGCAAAGAGAUUUGCAUUUGUGAGGUUCAAACGAUACCGACUCCCGGCUUCGGGGAUCAAAGAAGUUCCAGACGAAGCCAACAUGGUGACCGAGCUGGACGUGACCGACCUGGAGACGGUCUGUGGAACUUCAGUCUGGAACCACCUUGUGGAGUACAUGGUGAUGCGUGACAUCAUGGACAACGUCGUGACCAAGCACGAGCCCAAGGACUUCAGGACUGCCAACGGGCACUACGUGACGAUGCUGGACACCGAGGACGCUGAUGACACCACCUAUGUUGGUUCCAUGAUCACCGACGACGUGUUUGAGAUGGACUUCGGCAUCGAGGUUCACAUGACGGACAUGGUGGACGAUGUGGUUCAGCUGGUGUGCAGCCGUUCUGAACAUCAACAACGAAAGAUGCGAUUCUGGGAGGUCUACGUCGACGAGGGCAACUUGUCACAGUUUCUCAACAAGAAGGAUGAUGUGGAGGCCAGAAUCUUCAGUCUGCCUGACUGGAACUUCGAGAACAGGGAGGAGCAGCUUCGGUUCUUGGACUUGAUGGACCAGGAGCGACCACUCCACAUCAUGAUGGCAUUUGAAUGCCGAUUGUGGAGCCCUAUGCAGAACAUGAACUACAGGACCGAUGAGAGAAAGAAGAUCCUGGCUGAGAUGAGAGCGGUGGAAGAGAAGACGCACCUUCGCUUCUACAGCGAGGUCCACAAGAAAGGCAAGUCAAUUGGGUGCGAUGUCACUGCUGAACAGCCUGCUGAGGCCCUUUCUUGGAGAACCACUACGCUGGAAUCAAUGCGUGGUUACUUUGAAACUGUGUUGGACCGAUGCAGGACAGCCCUCAAGAUGAACCCUCGAGACACCAAGCUGGUCAAGAAGCCAACGAGGUUCAGAUCAACAAAGAGGUUGGUGACUGAAGCCUGCAACCUCUCCUGCAUCUCCAGAGGUCCACACCAGCAGAUGAUGGGGCAAGGAAAGGCUCUGAAACAAAUGCGAAACUAUGAGCCUGGAUUGGUCAAGAUCCUUGGAGAUGCCAUCUACAACUCAAAGGAGGUGGCAUGGAGAAAGCGCUGUCAGAAGCUCAUCGUGGCCGUGAAGCAGCGCGACUUCCCCAAGGAGUAUGUGCAGGUGACCAGAUCCUACAAAUGCCCAACAUCCUGGAGCAAACAGGAGCCAAAAGCCGUCAGGGUUGCGACACUUUGCAAAGCCCCCCACUUCAACCACACGAUUGCCAUCGGCACCUUCUGUGUGGAGUGGGAUGGCCAGAAACUUGGGGUGCUGACGGUGCUCGAUGAGUACUCUCGAUACGAGAUGGACCACCGCAUCAUUGAGGAGACGGCCGAUAUGGAAAUUGCGCUGUUGGAAUCUUCCUGGAUGAGGUCUUUUGGAUUUCCGACCCAUCUCAGGUUGGAUGCCAGUGGCCCACAUCAGAGCUCGACUUUUGCUGAUUGGGCGAGUCUUCACGGGAUGCGAUUGGAAUUGGUCCCACGUGGAGCUCACCACAGCCCUGUAUGUGCUCUGGAUGUGGCUGAGAUGGGACAAGAUCCUUUCUACUAUCCUGGGGGGUAUGCCCUCUCUGACGCUGCGGGUAAAUCUUUGGACUCUUUCGAUGAUGACAAGCCCCUUGCGGACAAGGCCGCCAUUGACUCCACUGCGACCAACCAGAACGACAUCGACAUGGAGCCCCCAGAGAAGGAGGAGACGUUUCCGAUCCAUGCCCCCACAACGAUUGCCUCAACGAGGUCCUCUCCGAGACCAAGAACCGAAAUGCCUUCUCCUGAGAAGAUCGACAGCAGAGCUGCUGGCGUCUGGACCGACACUGGCCCUGAAAGGCCUGAUGCACCAGCUGUCACCGCCACUUCAAACCCUCCAGCUGGCGAUGAAAAUGACCAUGCAGGUAAAGAGGGCCCUCAACAAGCUGAACAUCCCACGGGCAUCGUCGAGAGACGAGAACAACAACCAGAGGUUUUGCCUGAAUCCUUCAAUCGAGAACGGAGGAUGUAUGCAGCUGCUCCCAGAGAGCACGAGGUGAUGCAGAUGACCAAGCCGGCCUUCGGCGAUGUGAAGGCCAUGCAGUUCACGGUGAAGGGCAUUGUGAUCCCCUACAUCCAGGACGGCUUCGGCAGCGAUGAUGGUCUUGGAAGACCAGUGACGCACGAAGGAGACAUCAUCACCCCGGAGCACACUCCACGACUGGUGAAUGGAACGAGGAUGCUAGCUGACGAUGGUGGCAUGGCAACAUGGUUGACACCCGGGCAGAUUGCCUACAUGCAGGGCGAGGGCUACUACGUCUUGUCCGACAAGGAGGUCAACCGACGUCGAGCUGAACUACAAGCUUCGAUGCCCCCAAGCAUCAACGAGGUGCUGACCCCGCAGGUGAUGAACGAGAUUGUGGAAGGCAACCACACCGGCACAGUCCAAGUUCCAAUUGACCCGAGCAAUUGGGAUGGUGUGGAGCCACAAGAACGAGAUGAGCGCACGCAACUGCUGGAAGAUUGCCUACUGCUGGCAAUUCAACCUGAGGAGAUGAACAAUGAGCGCCUGCUGGAAUCAAAGGCCCUUCGAGCCCAACUGCGCACAGUUAGGCGUUGCAGCGGCGUGACCGCAUCGCAUGGGGGAAAAGAACGAGAACUACCAGGACCUCAAGCGGUGUGGGACAACUACCAUGGCUGCGAGGAGAUUUUUGAGCUGCUAGGCAUCUUGCCUCGGGAGUUAACCGGGAACAGAUCGUGCCUCGGCAUGUGCGCCUUGUGGUGGAGAGCCGUCACCCGAGCCAACAGUGACAAGCUGCGAGCAGGAGCAUCCUCUGCCGUGGCGUUUGAGGAAGCGGCUCGGGUUCAGCGAGACAACAAAGCAGCGGCCUUUGUGUUGGAGAGAACCCGCAAAUUUUGGCAACUUUUGAAGUCAUUGAGGAUGGAACGAUCCAUGGAUAUCCAUGGCAUCGAUGCAAUAGUUAUUCAAUAG